UUCAUUUAUUAUACGUCCGCAUUACGUCGUUAUUUUAGCAAACAAGUGCCAUUCUGCAUUUUAUUUUGUACCACCUUGAGUACAUUGCACUAUUUAGGUUUAAAGCGUCCCACAGACUUAUCAACUUCGAUUUCGCAGAGGCAAAUUGGAAGUCUCGUGUGGCGUAUCAGCUUACCAUGGAAUUCCUCGAUUUUAAUCAGAGAUAGCUAGAUAAAGUACAUCGUGAACAUUCGUAGCGAGUGUCACAUUACUAGAUAUAUAGCGUUUAAUAGUUCUGUGGUGAGUGUGUAUCAAGAAAUCAUUGAUAAAUCUACAAUAUAUUACAGCGUCUAUUCAGUAAGCGAUGUCGCUGGAUGGCUCAAAGUAUGUGUGGGUAGAGUUGGAACCCGUGUGGGGAAGUGCGGCUGGCCUGCACACGAAGCAAGAACUACUUACAGAAAAUAUGAAGACAGAGAUUAAAUCCGAACCCGAGGAGAAAAUCUGUGUUAUAAGCGAGACAGCUGGGGCCGGCUUGUGCUUGAAGCUUGAGCCUGAGAGUGCCCAAGCUCACAUAGACCACGAGGUUAAGACCGAACCCAAGGACUUGUCUGACAGUGAACCAGCUCAAUCCAGCUUAUAUAGUCAUAUAGACCCUGAUGUGAAGGCAGCACUUAAGGCAGAAGAUGAAAACAUGUGUGGUGACAGCAAAGCCAUCUCGGAGCAUGAGAGCACAUACACCAGUCAGGUAGACCAUUUGGCGAUGGCAGACACCAAAUCAGAGAGCGAGGAGAGUGUGUGUAGCAUAAACUCGGUGGCAGAGCAAGCACUGUACCUAAAACAUGAGGUGAAAGAUGGACUAGUGGUGGGCCCCGAGGUAUACCAUAGAGCAUCAUUUGACUUAGCAAUAAUGAAUCCUGUGCCACAAAGAAGCUGCACAGUCAAACUGGAGCGCAUGCAUGUAGACACGGAGCGCUGUGUGUGCAGGAUCGGAGGCAACACAUACAAGUUCAUAUUGUGUCAACAAGAUAAUGAUACAACACCAGAUGAAAGAUGUUCUCAGCGCAGCGCAGAUGAUGUUCACGAGCUAUACAAAUGUCAAUCAUGUAGCUUCACUAGUGUUCACAAACAUUAUAUAAGAGUUCAUAAAAACAUCGCCCAUGCUAACGAGAAAACGUCGAAACAGAGAAAAAACAGUCUAAAGAAACCCUACCAAUGCAAGCAAUGCAGCUACGCUUCAGAUCGCAAAAUCGGGCUGUCAAUUCACAAAAAGGUUCACAGUAAGGAUACAGCCUUCAAAUGCAAUCAAUGCAAUUACGCUCACGCUCGCAAAUAUGAAUUGGAGGUUCACAUAAAUACCGUGCACGGGAGUGAAAAAGUCUACAAGUGCGGGAAAUGCAAGUUUGCUACUGUCCGCGAAGACAUAUUCCAAUCUCACAAAAAGAUGCACACCAAAAAUAUUCCUUACAAAUGCGACCAGUGUGAUUUUGCUACUAACGUCAAAGAUUAUUUAGAAGCUCAUAAGAAGACGCACAUUGUGGAGAAACCAUACAAGUGUGAGCAAUGCGAUUACGACAGUGCCAGCGAAACGCUUUUGGAAAUUCACAAAACUAUGAUGCAUGGCGCGUUCGCACAAAAACUAGGUAACGGGAAAAGAAGAAAAACAAGAAGAAAACAAAACAUAUGA